CAUGUUUACAGUGUCAAUUUGACCAGUUAUUAUUAUUUGAAAAAAGAAACCGAACAUGUUUUUUGCUAGUGCCAUGUCUUGCCAAGAUGCCGCGUUCCUGGAAGAGGUGGAUGACUUUCUCGUCUCCUUCGACCUGCCCAUAUUCCCGGCGCUCCAGUCGCUCGACAUCGGGCAUGGCGACGAAGUGUCUGCCACCGACGCAGUGAAGAAAGAGGCCGCACAGCCACUAAAUAAUGCCAAAAAAUCGAAGGGCAGGAAGACGAAAGAGGAGCUUGAUCCAGUUGCGAAACACGAACUGGAGAAGGCGAAAGACCGAAAGAGACGCAGUGUGUACAGAGAACGUCGAAGGGUCGAGAAGGAGAGGCUACAACAACAAGUGGGUGAGCUUACAGCCGAGCUGACACAACUUCAGAGGGCCAACGAAGCUGAGAGGUCUCUGGCUUCGUCGGCAUGGGAAAUGGUGGCCAAACGGCAACUACUAGCUCGAGUCAACGCUGAGGACGAACAGCGUCGGCUCAUUACAGCUAUUGAGUCUCGAGCUGCUCUGAUCUACGAGUUCCAAAGCGCCAUGCACAAUAACCUCAAUAACGACCACGAUGAUGGAGCGUACCAGCACAAGAGGAUUCGUCUUGAACCUUCGGAUGCUGAGUUUUUCAAGGCUUUCGUUAUGGAUUUAGAUCAUUUUUACGCUCAAACGGACGAGGCUUUGAGGAAUUAUGGAUUAUAUUCCACGGAUGCCGGUUGGGAUCAACCGAGACGACAGUGGAAAGAGGACGGCAAGACGGGGUACCAUGUGUACACUGAUAAGUACACAUUGCCCUUCCCUUUUCAGCAGGUCUGCCGGUUUUCGUGGCAAGUGGCACAGAUGCAACACCGUCAGGAAGAUCGAGAGCAUUUUGACGGAGUGGACGACCCCGAGAAUACGUCGGCAUUUAAAUUUCGAGUUACAACCCGCCUAAAUUCGGGCAGAUCGGUGUCGGUGUUGCAGCAUGCAGUAGUCCGUCGCUACGUUAGAGAUGAUCGAGCAGUUGUCGUCUGGCGAUCGUUUACUGAAGGGGAGGGAAUGUUCACUGGCAUGCAUGCUGAUGAAUCGGGAUGGUGCGUGUCGAUCCCGCUGUCGAGUUCGCCGGAGUCAAAUACUUUGAUUCGAACGAUUAUGCGUCAUGUGCCAAUGCACUUCCGUUCGAAAUCGACAGAGGAUGUGGCAGCACGGCAGUUCACAGGGCUUUUGCUCGAAUCGGGAACUGAAGAUGCUUGUGAAAUCGGAAACAGGAUGGAGAAACUGCUACUGCAAGACAAGUAGCGAGGGAUGUCAGUUUUCGUGCUUGCUAAAGUGCAAGUACCGUAGGUGACAAAAAAAGCACACCCACAGACAUCCUGUAGAAUAAACGAUUUUUUGUGAAAACAAACAAAAGUGCAAUUUUAUUCAUUAAAAC